AUGUCCCCAACAGGUUCAUCAAGAUGGAGCCCUACAACUGAACAACUCAUGAUCUUGGAGGAACUGUAUAGGAGUGGGAUUAGAACUCCAAGUGCUUCUCAGAUUCAACAAAUAACGACUCAUCUUUCCUUCUAUGGAAGGAUUGAAGGCAAGAAUGUGUUCUACUGGUUCCAAAAUCAUAAGGCUAGGGAUAGACAGAAGCUUAGGAGAAAGCUUAACAAACAGCUCCAGCUACAGCAGCAACUUCAGCUCCAUAAUGUCCAUCACUUCAACCAAGAUUUCAGUAACCAUUUUCUUGCUGGUUUUGGUUAUCCUUCUUGUUCUCCUGUUACCAAACAAGUUCCCUUCUAUGCCACUUCUGGUUUGUCUUUUCAGGGAGGAGGAGUAGCUGCAUACGCAUCGCAAGAAGGGGCGAUGAAUUGCAAGUGUAGUGUGCAUCAUAACUCAGAAAGUUUGUUGGAGAAGAAUAAAGAGAUGAGAUUCUUCAAUAAUAACUAUGGUUGGACACUUGGCGGCGAUGUUAACCAUUAUCAUGAAUCAUCAUGUUGCACUACUACUAAUCAACCUCUCAAGACUCUUGAUCUGUUUCCAGUCACAUCCACUACCAGAAUCAAAGAAGAUUGCACCAAGACUCUUGAUGGGUGGUAG